AUGUUGCUCCUCGUACUCAUAUUCGCCCUGCUGAUCGUCGCACCUGCCUUGAUCUACUAUUUUACAACUUGGAUUUUCUACUCAGAUUUUAAGGACAAGGAGGCGUCAGGGAAAUUACCACCAUCGAUUCCCUACUCUGUUCCAAUAGCUUCCCAUUAUCUCGGUUUCGUUCUCAACGGACAGCAGAAGUACUUCGCGAAGCUGAUUGCUGAAUAUGAACAUUUCGCGCCGUUCCUCGUCUUGGAUUUCGCCGUUCUUCGAGACCCGGAACAUACGAAGAAGGUCAUGCAAGCAUGCUAUCGCAGAGACAUUAGGAAGAAGUAUAAGGAUGCCGCGGUCAACGCGCAAGAUUUUUUGAUAACUCAGCGUGGCGUGACAACGCGUAAGUAUCUGGAAGGCAGCUCGCUGGCCACCAUGACCAACCUGUAUACCGAUAUCUUAUCGCGUAACAUGAACGAUAAGAUGUUUCAAGUCAGCAGCUGGACCCAGAUAGAAGAUGUCUGGUCGUUCCUCCAGCAAGUCCUUACAAGGUGCUCUUUGGAAUUGCUCUUUGGCUCCGCCAUUCUCAAACAGUAUCCUGGUCUCAUAAAAGAUUACUGGAAGUUCGAAGACGCUAUCCAAGACUACUUAUCAGUACAAUCUUUGUUUAGACCCGCACCUUACAAAGAGCCGCUCGAACGGCUAUGGCAGGGCGUGGAAAAGUGGCUGAAAGUCAAUCACAGUGGCACCGAGUUCGCGAAGACUGGACCCGAUGACGCAGAUCUGGACGAGUAUAGGGGUUCGAAGUUCAUCCAAGAACUUGAUGACACGAUUGCGAGCAAACAGCUGCCUUUUGAGGCAAGAAUCGCGGAGAUGUUAGACGUAAUGCACCACUCGAAUAUGGAAUUGAUCCCUUGCGCUAUUUGGACCACGAUUGAAUUGCUACGCAAGCCAUACCUAGCCGAGCAGAUUUCUGCGAUGGUCUCCACAAGCAAGUCAGCAAAAGCGGCCGCGUAUGAUGUGAAUGGGAUUCUAGCUAGGCCCCUCUUCCAGUCUUUACAGGCAGAGGUCAGCCGUCUCCGUGUGGCAAGGUAUACGAUAUAUACCAUAACUGCUGAUAUUGCCCUUGACAGCGAGUGGACACUUCCCAGAAAUUGCAAUGGGAUUUCGUUUUCGCGAGAUCUCGCACUGAACACGAAAGUGUGGGCAAAGGCGCGGCCACGCACCGUCGAAAAACCAUUGGAGGAAUUCUGGGCUGAGCGCUUCUUGAUCCCUGAGAAAGACACUUCAAAGGCACAUGGUCAGCGAAAGAGCCGCAGUAGCAUGAAUGAGGCGAGAUUCGACACGCAAGAUCUCGAGCUGCUGGUCCCUGCAAUCGGUGACGAGAUGGCGUUCGACCCUGCUAGCCAUUAUUUCAGAGCCAUGCAAGCAGCGACUAUGGCUGUUCUAUUCAACGAGUUCGAGAUACAGCUAUGCGAUCCGGAUUUGAUCGAUGCAGCGAUGCCUGAGUUGCGGGAGUCGGCUUUUGGACUGGUGCAACCGAAGGAGAAAAUAGCCGUGCGCAUACGCAAACGCAAAGCUAGCAAGGAGCAGUGA